CCGCCGCCCCCGCCUCCCCUCGCCCCGGACCCGCGCGGUGGUCACUCGUGUGCGCGUCUCGUGUCUUUGCAGUUACUGCCGAAGAGGUUGGAUUGGGAGGGCAACGAGCACAACAGGAGCUACGAGGAAUUGGUCUUGUCCAAUAAGCAUGUGGCUCCUGAUCAUCUGUUGCAAAUCUGCCAGCGCAUUGGUCCCAUGUUGGAUAAAGAAAUUCCACCCAGUAUUUCAAGAGUCACUUCUUUACUUGGUGCAGGAAGGCAGUCUUUGCUACGUACAGCAAAAGACUGCAGGCACACAGUUUGGAAGGGCUCUGCCUUUGCUGCUCUUCAUAGAGGAAGACCUCCUGAAAUGCCAGUGAAUUAUGGUUCCCCACCAAAUCUUGUGGAGAUACAUCGAGGAAAACAACUCACAGGGUGUUCCACUUUUAGCACAGCAUUUCCAGGAACUAUGUAUCAGCAUAUAAAAAUGCACAGAAGGAUUCUUGGACAUCUAUCUGCUGUUUACUGUGUAGCAUUUGAUAGGACAGGACAUAGAAUCUUUACAGGUUCAGAUGAUUGUUUGGUGAAGAUUUGGUCAACACACAAUGGCCGCCUGUUAUCCACACUAAGAGGUCAUUCUGCAGAAAUUUCAGAUAUGGCAGUAAAUUAUGAGAAUACAAUGAUUGCUGCUGGGAGCUGUGAUAAAAUAAUUCGAGUGUGGUGCUUAAGAACUUGUGCCCCGGUUGCUGUGCUCCAGGGACACACGGGGUCAAUUACAUCUUUACAGUUUAGUCCAAUGGCCAAAGGCUCUCAGAGAUACAUGGUCUCUACUGGUGCUGACGGGACAGUUUGUUUUUGGCAGUGGGAGUUAGAAUCCCUGAAAUUCAGUCCACGUCCCUUGAAGUUCACUGAGAAGCCUCGACCAGGUGUUCAAAUGCUUUGUUCUUCUUUUAGCGUUGGUGGUAUGUUUUUAGCCACAGGUAGUACUGAUCAUGUAAUCAGAAUGUAUUUUUUGGGAUUUGAAGCACCUGAAAAAAUUGCAGAACUUGAAAGCCACAAUGAUAAAGUUGAUAGCAUCCAAUUUUGUAACAACGGUGACCGGUUCUUAAGUGGUAGCAGAGAUGGAACAGCCCGGAUUUGGAGAUUUGAGCAGUUAGAAUGGAGAAGCAUUUUAUUGGAUAUGGCUACGAGAAUCUCAGGGGACUUAUCUUCCGAAGAGGAGAGGUUUAUGAAACCCAAAGUAACGAUGAUAGCUUGGAAUCAGAAUGAUAGCAUUGUUGUGACAGCCGUGAAUGAUCAUGUCCUCAAAGUGUGGAGUUCUUAUACUGGACAACUGCUUCACAACUUAUUGGGACAUGCUGAUGAAGUAUUUGUUUUGGAGACACAUCCCUUUGAUUCCAGAAUUAUGUUAUCUGCAGGACAUGAUGGCAGCAUAUUUAUAUGGGAUAUUACAAAAGGCACCAAGAUGAAACAUUAUUUUAAUAUGAUUGAAGGACAAGGACAUGGAGCUGUAUUUGACUGUAAAUUUUCACAAGAUGGACAGCAUUUUGCCUGUACAGAUUCUCAUGGGCACCUUCUGAUAUUUGGUUUUGGAUGCAGCAAACCAUAUGAAAAGAUUCCCGAUCAGAUGUUCUUCCAUACUGACUAUCGGCCCCUGAUCAGAGAUUCUAAUAAUUAUGUCUUAGAUGAGCAAACUCAGCAGGCUCCUCACCUUAUGCCUCCACCAUUCUUGGUAGAUGUAGAUGGAAAUCCUCAUCCAACCAAGUUUCAGAGAUUGGUACCAGGCCGAGAAAAUUCUGCAGAUGAACAUUUGGUUCCACAGCUCGGCUAUGUGGCAACAAGUGAUGGAGAGGUAAUUGAACAAAUUAUAAGCCUACAAACUAAUGAUAAUGGCGAACGAAGCCCAGAGUCCAGCGUUCUUGAUGGAAUGAUAAGACAGUUGCAGCAGCAGCAAGAUCAGAGAAUGGGAGCAGGUCAGGAUCCUGUUUCAAGUGGACUUCCAAAUGGGGAGGAAACACCACGACGAGGUUUUAGAAGACUAAGCUUAGACAUCCAGUCCCCUCCAAAUAUCGGUCUGCGUCGUAGUGGACAAGUUGAAGGGGUUCGUCAGAUGCAUCAGAACGCUCCCCGUAGUCAGAUUGCUACCGAACGUGACCUGCAGGCUUGGAAGCGAAGAGUGGUUGUCCCAGAGGUACCACUAGGCGUAUUUAGGAAGUUGGAACACUUCAGAAUAGAGAAAGGUGAAGAGGAAAGAAAUCUUUAUAUAAUUGGAAGAAAAAGAAAGACUCUCCAGCUCUCACAAAAGUCUGACUUGGUGGUUUCGAUGUCCCAGUCUCGGCAGAGGACGUGUAGGCGUAAAUACCCAAGUUACGGUAGAAGAAAUCUUGGACAGAUCGAGUUAUCUUCUGGAAACGAAUCUUCAAGCUCUAUAAGACAUGAGACGUCCUGCGAUCAGAGUGAAGGUUCUUGUUCUUCUGAAGAAGAGGAAUGGAAAAGUGAUAGAAGGAGUGAAAGUGAUAGUGAAAGUUCAAGUGAUUCUUCAUCGAGAUACUCUGAUUGGACAGCCGAUGCAGGCAUCAAUUUGCAGCCUCCUUUACGAACGUCAUCUCGUCGACGAAUUACCCGAUUUUGCAGUAGUUCAGAGGAUGAAAUGUCUACUGAGAAUUUAUCUCCUCCAAAAAGGAGACGAAAGAGAAAGAAAGAAAAUAAGCCUAAGAAAGAGAAUUUGAGGAGGAUGACUCCAUCAGAGCUUGCAGAUAUGGAACAUUUAUAUGAAUUUCAUCCUCCAGUUUGGAUAACCGACACCACACUUCGCAAGUCUCCUUUUGUUCCUCAAAUGGGUGAUGAGGUAAUAUAUUUUCGGCAAGGUCAUGAAGCUUAUAUUGAGGCUGUCAGAAGAAAUAAUAUUUAUGAACUGAAUCCUAAUAAGGAGCCAUGGAGAAAAAUGGAUCUUAGGGAUCAAGAAUUAGUCAAAAUAGUUGGAAUACGGUAUGAGGUUGGGCCCCCUACACUCUGUUGCCUCAAACUAGCAUUUAUAGAUCCUGCGACUGGCAAGCUUAUGGACAAAUCUUUCUCUAUCAGAUAUCAUGAUAUGCCAGAUGUUAUUGACUUUCUUGUAUUGCGUCAAUUUUACGAUGAAGCAAGACAAAGGAAUUGGCAGUCUUGUGACAGGUUCCGGUCUAUCAUCGACGAUGCUUGGUGGUUUGGAACGGUGCUAAGUCAAGAGCCCUAUCAGCCCCAGUACCCUGAUAGUCAUUUCCAGUGUUACAUCGUUAGGUGGGACAAUACUGAAAUUGAAAAGCUUAGCCCAUGGGACAUGGAACCGAUUCCUGAUAAUGUUGAUCCACCUGAAGAAUUAGGAGCUAGUAUUUCUGUCACUUCAGAUGAACUAGAGAAAUUGCUCUACAAACCACAAGAUGGUGAAUGGGGUCAGAAAUCGAGAGAUGAAGAAUGUGAACGAAUUAUUAGUGGUAUAGAUCAACUUUUGAAUCUUGAGAUAGCAGCAGCUUUUGCAGGUCCAGUCGAUCUGUGUACUUACCCAAAGUAUUGCACCGUGGUAGCGUAUCCCACUGAUCUUUACACAAUUCGAAUGAGACUUGUUAAUCGAUUUUACAGGAGACUGUCUGCAUUAGUUUGGGAAGUCAGAUACAUAGAACAUAAUGCCAGAACAUUUAAUGAGCCAGAGAGUGUAAUUGCAAGAUCAGCCAAGAAGAUAACUGACCAACUUUUAAAAUUUAUCAAGAAUCAAGACUGUACAAAUAUCUCAGAGCUCUCUAAUACUUCUGAAAAUGAUGAGCAAAAUGCCGAGGAUUUGGAUGAUAGUGAUCUUCCUAAAACAUCUUCUGGAAGAAGGAGAGUCCAUGAUUGGAAAAAAAGGAGCAUCAAAGCAACCAACUAUGUUGAAAGCAACUGGAAGAAACAGUGUAAGGAACUAGUGAACUUAAUUUUUCAAUGUGAAGAUUCUGAACCAUUUAGACAACCUGUUGAUUUGGUUGAAUAUCCAGACUACCGAGAUAUUAUCGAUACUCCAAUGGAUUUUGGAACAGUAAGGGAAACGUUAGAAGCGGAAAAUUAUGAUAGCCCUUUGGAAUUCUGCAAAGACAUCCGAUUGAUAUUUAGCAAUGCAAAAGCAUAUACACCAAACAAAAGAUCAAAGAUUUAUAGUAUGACCUUGAGAUUGUCUGCCUUAUUUGAAGAAAAAAUGAAGAAAAUCUCCUCUGAUUUUAAAAUUGGUCAAAAAUUCAAUGAAAAACUUCGAAGAAGCCAAAGGUUUAAGAGACGGCAAAAUUGUAACCGUGUUAACCAGGCUAACAAAAGUAUCAGAAAUAUCAAGCAGAAGCGUGUAAAGUCUCAGACAAGGGUAAUUCCCGAGUCAGCAGGUUCUCCUGCCCAGUCUACCUCAAGUCGGGCAGCUUACUCUGCAGGUCGCAAGACAAGUGCUAGUGUCUCUUCGGGUGUUACUUCUGGUGACUCUUCAGAUUCUGCAGGAUCAUCAGAAAGAACGAGAAGAAAUAGACCUGUCACCAUAACAAAUGGUUCAACAUUAUCUGAAAGUGAAAUAGAAGAUUCCUUAGGUACAUCUUCAUCAUCUUCAGCUUCACAUAGUUCUGAGGAAAGCAAAGAGAGUCCAAGAGCUCGUGAAUCCUCCGUACGUGGUAGGCUGGCCAGAAGCAGCAACCUGAGGGUGACUAGAACCAGAGCUGCUCAAAGGAGGACCGGUUCAGUUUCUUUAGAAAAUGGAUGCGGCAGAAAAGCCACCCGAAAGAGAGUCUACUUAAGUGACUCCGAUAAUAAUUCGCUGGAGACUGGCGAAAGCCCAAAGGUGCGGGCUGGAAACAACCGGAAGGUGCUGCGAAGGUGUGCUGCCGUGGCUGCCAGCAAGAUAAAGCUCAUGAGCGAUGCAGAGGAGAACUCUAGCUCCGACAGCAUCUGCUCUGGUCGUAAGCUGCCUCACCGCAAUGCUUCUGCUGUAGCUAGAAAAAAGUUGCUGCAUAAUUCUGAAGAUGAUCAAAGCUUAAAGUCAGAAAUUGAAGAAGAGGAGCCAAAAGACCAAAAUCAACCAUCACCAGAGUCCAGUUCUCAUGCUGCCCAGAAUGCUGUCAAUGGCUCUGAAAACGGAGAAUCAGAGUCAGAAAGUGAUUUGCAGGUAGUCCGGAAAAGUUGGCAUGCUAACGGUUACAAGUCUCAUACUCCAGCAACUUCUAAAACAAAAUUUCUUAAAAUAGAGUCUUCUGAGGAAGACUCUAAAAGUCAUGGUUCAGAUAAUGGACUUAACAGAACUGCUGGUCCGUCAACGUCUGGGCAGAAACUUAAGGCAGAAAGCAUCUCAGAGGAAGAGGAGGAGGAAGCAGAUUCUGAACCAACGAGAUAUGUUGGUAGGAAAUACAACAUGGGUCGCAAGAAUGCUGCUUUCCUUAAAAAAGCAAAGAUCUUCAGUGAUUCAGAGGACUCUGAAUCUGAAGAAGAUAGAGAAGAUGGCAGAUGUCACAAGGAAACAAACCUGAUUUUAGGAAAUUUGAAGUGUGAACCUAUUACUGGGUCCCAAUGUUUCUCAGAUCAUGUGUCUGAAACAGAUUCGGAUUCAGAUGAAGACAAAACAAAAGAAAAACCCAACAAUUUUAUGAAAGAUUCUCCAUCACAAGACCAUGGACAAAGCAGAAAAGUUCCUAGGAAGAGGGUCUGUUCCAGUGACUCAGACAGCAAUUCAAAGGUGGCUAAGAAAUCAUCAAAAGCCAAAGCGGGCCUCGCGAGGAUGCCUCGAAGAUGUGCAACCACUGCUGCCAGUAAAAUUAAGCUCAUGAGUGAUGUGGAAGAUGUUAGCUUAGAAAAUGUGUGUACGAGAAGCAAAGAUGGAAGGAAAAAGCCCCUCCGUUUUGCAUGUACCACAGCUAAGAAGAUUGCGAGUGAUUCUGAGGGGGAUGUAAACUGUGAAGUGCCAAAUGAGCAGAAUGCCUGUGAUGAGAAGCCACCUGAAGCUGACUCAGAAGGUAGUACGAAAAGCAUUACUCGGUCUUUAAAUGAGGACUCAGACUCUGAAGGUGUGUCGGAUUCAGAACAGAAGGGCAGGCCUACCAGGCAUACUGAUAAUCACAAAACACGUGUCGCACCUUCUAGAACAAAGAAUUCCUUGAUUGGGUCUUCAGAGGAUGAUUCAAAAAGCCAUAUUCCAGGGGAUGAGAUUGGUAGAAAAUUGUCUUCUGAGUCAACUUUGGCGCAAAAAGCAGAGAAUAAUUUCGAAGAGGAACUGAGUUACGGGCUGCGCAGGUGGAAUGGCAGAAGACUCAGGACCUAUGGGAAGGCGCCCUUCAGUGAGACAGAAGUGGUUCAUGACUCGCGGGAAGCCGCCAAGGUGGAAAUGAAAAGGAAGAGACUGCAUCCUGAACUGGAAAAUGCGAAAAAUUUGGAAACAACGGGGAAUUCAAAGUGCGGACCUGACACUAGUCCCAGAUCUGACUCAGAUUUGGCAUCUGUAGCCGAAUCCGAUGUUGACUGUGCUGAUGAGACAAAAACUAAAAAGAGGAAAACAAAAGGAAAAGCAAAAGUAGUUAGAAAAGGUAAAACUUUUACAGCUAACCUAUCUAAGACCGUGAGGCGACAAAGGCAGAGCAAACGUCCUAGGCUCAAUGUGGAUGAUAAUGACUGGGAGGAUGUGGACUAUGCAAAGUCUAAGAGAGUUCUCCGACGUUCAAAAAUAAAAACGAGAAAUCAGGGUAGAAGGACCGUGAGGUACCAUGAUGGGGAUGAUGACAGAAGCCUAGAAAACGUGUUAGAUUUUGAUGAUUGCACCUUAUGACCUUGAGGGAAAACCAGUUCAUUUAAAGAGGAAGUGGACUGGAAUUUAUGGUGAAAGUUGGCUGUUGAAAUUAUUAUUAUUUUUUUUUGUCCUACAAUUCAGGGAAUAUAUUUAUAUUUUUCUAUGAAAAGUUAUGAAUGUGACUAAAUCAUGACUGUUAUUUUUAUUUGCACUUGCUUGCCUUUGUAGCAGCAUUCAGCACAGGUGCCAAAAUAUGCUUCGUUUUGGGGGCAGAUCUACUUCGACAGUAUUUAACUACAUAUAGCAAGAGUUUGAAAUAUGUUAAACACUAGACAUCCUGGUUAUCAAAACCAAUGAGCAUUACUUUCAUGGUAGCAAGUGCCAUGCAGUUAUUUUCUGAAUUCAUCAAGAGGUGGUAGUUUCUAACCCCUGUCCUGUUAUAGUGUAACAAUUUCACAUGACCUAUGUUUACAAAUUCUUCAUAAACAUUGCAAUCAUGGGAGGUGUGACCAUGAUUAAUGGGCAAGGUACCUACCACUUUUUUUUCUUCCCCUGGCUACUUGAGUAGAAUGCAUUAUACUAGAUGUGGUCAUUUUUAUUGAAAUUGUUCCCACUUUUCUUUCCAAAUGCUGUUGGGUGUCUGUCUUUCUCUGUCUCUCUUUAUUUUUAAGGAAAAUAUCAUCACUUUUAUUUUAUAAACUUGAAUUUAUAAAGUGCUGGUAAAUUAUUAUUUUUUUUUAACAUUUUGAUUGUAUAUUUUAAACCUCUAAGGCCAGACCAUAGUCCUAACAUUUUCUUUUAAGUUGUGCACUAACGAAAUGCUAUAUAAUUUCUUUCCAACAUCUCCUGGUUUCCAUGUAAGGGGGUUUAACCAAACUCUUGGUCUUCCAUAGUCUUACUCUGUGAAAUAGAGGAGUUUGUGUGCCUUAGAUUUAGGAAAAGUUUGUUCUUCGAUAGAGUGUACAGAACUAGAAGAGUAUUUAAAUUAUAUGUAGUUCCCUCCAUUUCUAUUGAAAUUGUAGGGUUGAGUUUUGUUAGGUGUGCAAUCACAUCUCAUCUUUGUAGGAAAAUAGUUAAAUGUUAUUCUCCAUCUCUUUGUUUUAGCUUACUCCUGCCAUGUGCAAUCCCAAACAUCCUUUGCUGGGGCAACUAAGUGUAUCUUUAUUAGUGACCUCUAGUUUAAAUUUAAGAACCUUGUCAUGUUUUGUGGGAAAAUAAUUUCGGAAUCCAUUUAAAUCAAAACUUCACAUCAUCAAGUACCAUAGUACACUUAUUUUUUCGAGCCAAAUAUUUUUACUUGAUAGGCUGUGCUACUCAAACAGUGUAGGUACCCAUUCCUAGCUUGUUUGUGCCUGAAGAUGGACUUGAUUCCAAUGGUUUACAUAUUUUGUAGCUAAGGGGUAUGUUACAGUACUCCCACCUUUAUUAUUUAUUGGCCCUAACUAUCUGGUUUCACAUAAAAUUAAUGUUUUACUCCUGUGUAUCCUUAAGGUAGCAGAUACAGAAAAGCAUCAGACUCUGGUAUCAGAGUUAGAGAAUGUUUCUAAGUGUUGUUACUUUUUAAUUAUCUACUCUGUUUGACAUGGUAGAAGGUAUUUACUUCCCUGAUGUAAAGGGAAGGAUAUUUUUAGACCUGACCAACUGAGAUAGGUGGGAUACCUGCUUCUCCUUGGAGAGGUGGCUGAGAGCCAUCACCACUUCAGACUGUGAUGCUCUUCUCAAAGCUUGUAUUAAGUGUAUGGGAGACAGUUCGAUGCAGGGUAAUUAUCCUUGACUAUGGACCCGAAAAAAGUUAAUGGAAUGCUCUUUACUUCCCUAAAUUUAAGAAAUGGUGAUAGAUGUCAUAUCCAUUAAUUUAUUUAAAUUCUUCUUAAGCUUCUCCGUUUUAUAUUUCUUCUCAGGGUUAUAACUCCAUGUUUACCAUCAUUUGCAAAAAGGUACCAAAAAAAUCCAUAAAUAAGUUUGGAAUACAUUUAUAAGUAUGGAAAUUCUUUUGGUAAAUGAUAACUUUAACCAUUUAGGCUUCAUCAGUAGAACUGUUCUUAUCUUUUGGACUGGAUUAACUAGUUAUUGAUUGGCUGGUCAACUAAUUGCUAAUUUUUAAUUUUGUCCAAAAUGGUGAGACCCUUGUUUAUAGAAGGAGUAUUCUGGUUUCAUCUGGAAAAAAACAAGAAUUGGCCUGGUGACAUUGAAAGCACGUGACAAUGGUAGCUUUUCAAGUUCUGAAAUAAAACUAAGGAAUUAGAGAAACAUUUUUAUGGGUUUUUUUGGUUGUGGUGCUAUUCCUAAGGUUAACUUUGAAUAUGUGACACACGCACUCCUAAAUACUUUAAGAAAAAUUAAUAAAUAAUUAAUAGUUCAAAAUGUUUACAUUGAGCACUAGAACGUUUGACUUUUUUUCUACUUCACACAAAAUGCGCAGGGAUUUAAUGCACAGAUGUACUUUAAUAUGUUUGAGAUCAGUUUGUAUUUUUCUUGGUGAGAAAAUAUGAAAGAUUACAAAUUGAAUGUGAACUGAUCCAGAAAUAAGUGCUGAGGCUUUCCACUGCACUUGAAGUAACUUAAUGGUGUAUGGGAAAAAAAGACUGCUGUGAUUGUGUAUGUCUAAAGUCCUAUGAUUUUAUUCACUUAUGGUUUAAAAAAAGGUUUGAGGUAUUCAGAUUUGAUUUUUGAUCUCUUUGAAAGACUAAUUUACCAAGCAUAUUAAGAAAAAAUAUUUCAAAUAUUAGAAACUAGGUGAGGUUUUAAGAGCAUUUUUUUUUUCAUAUCCUACUUAUUUAAAAGGGGUAUACUGACAAUGUGUAUUAACUUCUAAAUAAAAGGAAAAGUUUAUCCCAUUUUCAGAUAAUUCCUAGGGUGGUGGUUCUCCCUUUCUUAGAGGAAAAUCUCUGAUUAAAUCCUUUCUCAAUUUAGUAAUCCUUGGAAAGGAUGAUAAAGCAGUUACAGCUUCUAAGUUAAAACACAAGUUUCUUUUAAAUAGCAGAGAGUCAUACCUGAAAAGGAAAUUCGUUUUAUGAUAAGGAAAUGGUGGGGGGGAAAGGACUUGUUUUAGGAAAAGGCCCUUCAAAACAUAGAAGUGCAAAUGGAAAAAGACAGAAACCAACAAAAACACCACCUGAGCGUACUACUGAUCCAAAAAGAUCUUUCACACUCCAUUGGUUGAUUACAUCUUAAUACAGAUUCUUAUUUAGAAUAACACCGGGUCCAUACUACACUCCCUGUCUCUUGUAGCCUUUUUUUUUUUAUUUAGAAAUAAUUAGAACACAAAAUUAAUUUUACUCUAUCAUACUAAAAACUAAACUGAAAAAGAUUUUAUUCUCUUCCGUUGGUACAAAUUAAAUUUGAUCGUACUGCCUGAAAAAAAAAUGAGAGGUUUGUAUAUCAGAAUGCAAGAACAUUGUUAAAGUUGCAUACAGUAUUUUUGCUUUCCCCUUCUACGCAAUUGUGUUGAUUUUUCGAGUAACUUUUAAAUAGCUAGAAAAGGUCUUUUUGCCUUGCCCUGUAUUAUAGUGGAAAUACCUAAUCUCUACUCUUUUCAUCAAUAAGUCAGUAUACUUACUUUUUCAGGUACCUUGUGGCUGCCACCAGUACUUUAGUUUUCUUACAUUGUAUGGAAAUUACAGUUCAGUGAUUCUAGUAUGAUGGAGUACAACAAAGCACCUUCAUUGUAGAAGAGAUUUUCGUUUGUUAAUUUAUACCUCUCACUUCUGUGGAUAUCAGGGAAUGAUAAAGCAGAAACCCUAGGAAAUUUGCAAUUUAAGAGUUUAAAGAUUGUCUCUUAUUUUAGUAUUUCAGAACAGAAAGACCAAACAAAUUUGUCAAAGUUAGGAGAAAAUGGAGCAUUGUGGAAAAAUCUAGUCCAGCUAGAUUAGUAAAUGCUAAUCCUACUUGUAGCUCAAAUAGUGAAUUAAUGGAAAGGAUCAAAGUGUAAAGAAUGUUUUAAUGAAGGCUGCGUUGUUUCUUCUCACAUUUUUAAAGAGUAUUUUUAUAGGUAUUUUCUUAAAUUAUAGAUGUUGCCUAAGGAUACACGGGAAUCCUCAAAGCUUUUUAAGGGGGAUUUUUUCCAGUCACUCAUUCUGCCAAACUUGUUCCCAAUGUAUUGUUAAUGCGGUAGAAAAAUACUAAGACUCUUACUUGGUUGCUCUUACGGGUUUGAUGGAAGGAGGUUGGGGAGGGGCAGGGCAGUCCGUUUCAGCCCUACGAAUUUGCAGGCUCCAUCUUUGGCAGCAUGUAAUUAACUAUAGAUUGUAUGUCUAUUUGUCAAGACUAAUAGUUUCAUUUAAUAUAAUUCUCAGUAUUACAGAUUAUUUUCUGGUCAUACUUUAGUUUUUAAGUUAAUUUUAAGGUAAGUUUUAUCAUUUAUUAAAACCUUUAAUGAGAAUUUGGACUGCUAAAGAGACAGGGACAUUCUUACUGACCUAAUUGAAAUGAGAUGGCCACUUACAGACUUUCGACCGCAGCAGCUAGCUCUCCCUAACGUUGAUUCCACAAGGAAAAUAUUUAGAAACUAUUACCCUUUUUAGUCAGUGGUUAAAUGUGAAAGGAAUCUUUAUUUAUUUAAUAUAUUGAAGUUAAUUUUCUAACUGUUGAUCCAUACUUAGCCCUUGGACUGUACGUAUCCAGUUCACCUGUAAAAUUCUAACCAUUUUCCUGGAAACUUGUCGGAGGCAACUCUUUAAUUUUCUACUCCCACACAAGAUCUCUGCUUUAACUUUCAAAUUAACUCAUUACCACAUCUAAGUCUUAGCAUUUUCACCUAGAAACCAGUUUUUCAGUCAGUUACUAACUAAAAUAGUAGUACAAUAAAUUUAGUAAGGCUUUUUUUUUUUUUUUAAUUAACUAUAAGCGUCCUAGCUGGUUAAUUCUUCAAGGUCUGUACAUGUGGUUGGUAUUCCUUGUAGCUCAUCUUUAUCUCUUAAGCAGCCAGCUUCCUAACCUCUGUCCACUGUGAUGUUCCUCAUGCGGGCAGAAUGCGGGCCACGAGCUGGGUGAGGUGGGGCAGCUGCAGGGAUCCAUGAGACUUGCACAGGUGACUGUCACUGGGUUGUCUGUGACCCGCUGCUGUUCAUUAGUGAAGUGAUUAAGGAGUUUGGAAACUUAGCAGUCCCCUCGGUAACGUACACUGCCUGCGUCAGUCUGCGGUGCUCUGAGAUGUUGCUUCAAAAGUUCAUUAAGCAGAUGAGCUGUAAGAUCCCUUUCACACUUUAUAAAAUUUUCAUCAGAUUUUUAGAAAAAAGUUGUAAUAGUCAUCACACAUCUCGUGAGAAUCGUGAGAAUGUUACCGGUUAACUUUCAGGGAUGAGAGGAAGCUGUAGAUGGACUGUAGGUGGGAAACAAAACAAGUCAAGGUUCCGUGGUGCCCUCGCUGUGUACUGAAGACUUAACAGAUGGCUGCGUUCAUCUGUCAACCAUGAAAGUGACCAAAGUAGUAAAGAACGACCCUAGACUACAGAGUUCUUUCUGACAAUUUCUUGGCCUGACGCUGCCAUACUGUGGAAGUUGAUUCUCAGUGUUGCCAACAACUUCUAGAAAAGAGUAAAACGUUGAGUCUAGAGAGUAACAGAAAAUACUUUGACCUACAGCCAUUUUCUAAAGAGACUGUUUAGUUGAGGGGAUCCUUUUGGAAACUUACGCUUUAGGGGGGAUGAAUAUCAGUGAUAAAUGCUAUUUGCUUCCUGAGUUUUGGUCAUUUCAUUGCUUAUCAGUGAAGGGCAGACAAUAAAGAACAUCUUAAAUCAGCUCUGAUAGAGGCUCGCUUGAGAGAGGGUGAUCUGCAGCUAAGGUUUCCCCCUGUUAUGAAAGUGAUUUAACACUGAUCAGUAACAUCAGUGCUUAAAAAGUAUAUGAAAUAGGCUAGUGUAUUUUCAUUUUGAUUCAGACGUUUUUCUCUCAUUCUCGUUUGUUUUUAAUAUGCCAAUUAAAAGGCUGUUGGGAUUAAAAUUCUUUAUGCUUCUGCAGCAGUGGUGUGUGGUGUACUUUGGAUUUAGAAAAAUAAUAUAUCAGUAUCAUAAUUGGGAUAUGAAUAAUCCUUAAAAUAUAGAAACUAGAGACUACUGCUUCCAGUCGAAGUAAUGUCUGCAUCCAAGUUUCUGUUCACAGACCAUCUUAGAAUACAGUGAUCUGUGAGUUACAAUUUAAAGUGAUCAUCUAGGUAAACUGAUCUAGUACUACUACACAUGGAAAUUUUCUACUGCUGUGGUUUUUGCCAUACCCAAAUAUGUAAUCAUUUAUAGGAAAGCCACAAUGCCUCAAUCACUCAGUCACUUCCAACACAUAACUGACCCAAGUCCAUCCGGGACAGUAGGACUUGCGGUAUUGUACUGACUUGUUAGUAUUAAAUGAUAUCGCAAAUGUAUCGUUAGAGUAGCAGCCUCCAAAAUUUUGAAGCUUGUAUACUAACGUAAAUUGGACUUCUCUCUGACCGUGAAUUCUGUAUAUGUUUCUAAAAACUGUUUGUAGUUUUCCAAGGAGAAUAAAGCACUUUAUAGUUUAUCAAGUUCUCAGUAAUAAAAUUAACACUGACUUACA